AGAUGUGCUUCUGAGAGUAGGCUGCCUCUCCUCCUCCUUCUCCUCCUCCUCCUCCGCCUCCUCCUCCAUCAUCAUCCAUCCUCCUGCGCUUUUUGGACAGCCGCCUCUCCGUGCGCACCAGCUCCUGGCUCGGUCCAGUCGCGCACAUGUCCUCUCUCAGCAGCUGGAGGUUGCUCUCGGACUGAACAUGCCUGGCUCAGAGGCUCUCGGCAGCGCGCAUCUGUAGCAGGAUCACGGUCGGAGCUCGUCGCUGCGCGCGGCGCGAUGGAUUUACUGCUGCUGAAAAGUUGGAUUUAGACAAAAGCCUCGUGGAUCCGCGUGCAGCCGGCAGAAUGGGAGGGCAUUCUUAGAGCUUUGGAAUCACGCACACUCACGCACACACAAAGGAAAUGCACAGAGCGUGGAUAUUCUUCUUCCUUAUAGAAGAGGGCUUUGCUCUGGCACAGAGAACCAAAGAUUCUCUAGGCGAGCCUGGCGGUCAGAAACCCAACCAGAACGACUGCGGCACGUGGGUGCGCAACAUCAAUGGCGGGGUGUUCAUGUCGCCAAACUACCCCAACACUUACCCCCCCAACAAGGAGUGUGUUUACAUCCUGGAAGCUCUACCCAGACAAAGGAUUCAGCUGGCUUUUGAUAAAAAUUACUACAUCGAGCCAUCAUUCGAGUGUCGCUUUGAUCACAUCGAAAUACGUGAUGGGCCGUUUGGGUUCUCGCCGCUCAUCGAUCGCUUCUGCGGUGGAAAGAAUCCAGGCCUCGUUACGUCCACGGGGCGUUUCAUGUGGAUCAAGUUCACCAGCGACGAGGAGCUGGAAGGCCUCGGCUUCCGCAUCAAGUACACCUUUAUCGCAGACCCUGAUUUCCAUCUGCACGUGGGCGGACUGCUGAAUCCAAUCCCAGACUGUCAGUUUGAAGUUGGCGGAUGGGAUGGGAUUAUUCGCUCCAGUCAGGUGGAAGAGGAAGAACGAGUGAAGCCUGGUGAUGCUCUGGACUGUAUCUGGACCAUAAGGGCUCCUCCUAAGUCCAAGAUCUACCUGCGCUUCAUAGACUACCAGAUGGAACACUCGAAUGAAUGCAAGAAGAACUUUGUGGCCGUGUACGAUGGUAGCAGUGCCAUUGAGAACCUCAAGGCCAAGUUCUGUAGCACUGUGGCCAACGACUUGAUGCUGGAUAAUGGCGUGGGGGUCGUUCGAAUGUGGGCUGAUGAGAAAAGCAGACUAAGCCGCUUCCGUAUGCUCUUCACCUCCUAUAUUGACCCUCCCUGUACAGCCAGUACAUUUUUCUGCCACAGCAACAUGUGUAUUAACAACACGUUGGUGUGCAACGGGAUUCAGAACUGUGUCUAUCCAUGGGACGAAAACCACUGCAAAGAGAAGCGCUCUAAGGGCCUUUUCCAUCAGAUCACUAAGACCCACGGGACUGUUAUUGGUGUGUCGUCCGGCAUAGUUCUUGUUCUUCUUAUCAUCUCUAUUCUUGUCCAGAUGAAGCAGCCCAGAAAAAAGGUUGUGGCUCGGAGGCCUGGCGUUUUCAACAAAGCUGGUUUCCAGGAGGUCUUCGACCCACCCCACUAUGAGCUCUUUUCCCUCCGUGACAAGGAGAUGUCUUCAGACAUUGCUGACCUCUCUGAGGAGUUGGACAGCUUCCAUAAAAUGCGGCGCUCCUCCACCAUGUCCCGCUGUGUCCACGAGCACCAUUGCGGCUCACAAGGCUCUGUGGCUACGGGUGGUGGCAGCGUGAAGCACAGCCGAACCACCCUGAGCUCCAUGGAGCUGUCCUACCACAACGACUUCUCCAAGCCCCCUCCCAUGAAGACUUUCAACUCGACCUCCACCUACAAGAAGAGUUGCUACGGCUACAAGCAGCACUCACAGACUCACGACUGCGACCAGCAGGUCAUCGAGGACCGUGUCACCGAGGAGAUUCCGUGUGAGAUUUACGGACGUGGUGCGACAGGACUGGGAGGUGGAGCCACAGGAGGUGCAAUGGGAGGAGUGGGUGCAUCGGGGAUUGCCGGAGGAGGGAUCGGAGGAGCCGUGGGGAUUACAGGAGGAAUGGCCAUGGCUGGUGGGAUGGGCAUAGCAGGAGGCAUUAGUAUGGCAGGGCCUAGUGGCAUCGCUGGAGGUAUUGGUGGUGGAAUGGCAGGAGCCUGUGGGACCCUCAGUAUCCGUGGCAACAGCGCUCGCAACAGUACCACCAUCGUUGACCCCCAGCAGCGCUCCAUUUCCAUGGACUUUUAGGUGGAGAGCAAAGAAACAGGGGAAAAGAAAUGCACAUUUCACUCUUCAAAACAAACAGUCCUGAACUGAUCGUCCCUGCUUCCUUUCAUAGUCUUCAAAUAGUAUUUACAUUGUUUUUAUUUAAUUUAACACUCGAGGACCUCCCUUAUAGUCAAACAGGGGCUUUGGAUGAAAGGGAGGAAUAAACUGAGGAAAUGUAAGAGCAAGAAACCCAAUGGGAACUCCUGCUUGUUCUCUUUGUGAAGGUGAGGACAGUGUGCAGACACCGUGUCUCUCUUCUGGUCCGACACUCUCCUAACGUCUGCUUCCAUCAGAGAUAACCAGAACAUGAGCUCACUACACAAACUGGUCUCUGUUUGGUUAAAAAACUCAAAAGAAAGAGUAAGAGACUGAGGUUUUACAUUUAUUUACCUGCCAUGCACAAAUAUAUGAUCUCUAGUGCAUUCUCUAAUAAUUUAUUCUUUUUUCUGUCAGUGUACUGUAUUAUCCCAACCAGUAUCUAUCCAGCCUCAUAGUGAUGCUUGGCUUCUAACUCUUGGACUUUAAAUUGUUGCACAGAUGUUUGAUGAAGGUAGGUUAUUAGUAAAGUGUUGAGGAUGACGAGAAAGUUCCUCUUGUCAAAAAUGACCAAUAAAAUACAAUAAUGACGAUGUUCUAUGAUUAUAUUACCCUGUAGUUUUCAUGGUUACGUCACACGAACAGGGAUAUGCUUCACUCUCCCCUCAGGAUGAGCACAUGCAGAGACUCUUAUUUUGGUAAAAAAAAUAAAAAUACAGGGAAAAACAACUCUAUUUCUGCUGUGAGUUUUAUGGCGUGUGGACACGGGUCAUGAGUGAUCAUGUAUGGAAUAUAAAGUGUUUGUUUUUGAAACCUGAACCCAAUUACGAUAGCAAGAAAAGAAAAAAAAAACAAUUAUUUGCUUAUUUCCCCCUUUGACCUGUGUAAGACAAGCACAACCUGUUCCCCUGAGUGCCACAUGUAGCCUGUAUUAGACUCAUUAUGAUUUUAACCACUGAUUGUAUAAUUUCAUUCUGUUGAAUUAAACA